CUGUCUGUCUGUCUUUCUGUCUGAAACAAAGACUGGGGAGUGUUAUGGAAAGAAAGGCUCAUCCAGAAAGAGAGAGAGAAAGGACAGAUUGAUCUAAAAAUUAACAAGGAAAGCAAGUGAAUUAUCACUUCUAUGGACAUAUGAAGAGAGCGUUUCUGCACAGUGGAUGACAGCAAAACCAGGCUGGAUCGGCAUGGGAAUUCAUGCUGGUCUUUUCUGCAGGCUAGCAGCACAGGGUGAGCACAAAACAGGGUCAGCAGAGCAGGUCAGAGCUCUUUCUUUUCAUGCUGCUAAUCUCAUGGAUUCUCACUAAUAAUCAUGGCUUUUUUUUUUGUUUGCAUAUGUUCUCUCUGUUAUAUCUAAUGUGGGUAGUUUGAAUUCUGCAGAUGAGCCUGUUUAUCACUAUAAAUUAUAAUAUGUGUUAUUUUCUAUCUGUUUAGCCAUCAUUUGGAAAAACCAAUGCUUGACUACCCUUCUGAUCAUACCGUCAUGCUGUUUUGCCAGAUACUUCAUAACUAAUGCAGUGUGAAAACAGGUGUUAAAAGUGGAAGGCAUUUAUAACUAAAGGAAUAUCUAACAGACUGCGUAACCAACAGCAGACAGAAACCUUGAGUCUGUUUCCACCGAUGUGUAAGAGAGUGGAUUCAGAUUCUAAGUGGUGGUGCUCAGCUUCACGUUUAACAUCAUCCCUAAAGACAGUCGGCAGCGUCUUGUGGCCAUCCACUCAGCUGUGCAUCGCAAAGGCUGGCCAUUGACACGAUGCACACUCCUGUGUCCAUACUGAUGGGGGUGGUGUUUGCACCCUUGGGCCUUGUGCUGGUAUUCACUGCAGCGAUCACACCUCAGUGGAGGGAAGGACAGGCGCGGUUGGGCGCAGCAGAACGGGGCGGAGCCACGGAACUACUCCUGCUCCGUUCAGAUGGCCUAUGGGAGAGCUGCCUGCAGGUGGUGCACUCUGAGCUGAAAGAGUGCUGGCCAGUUUCGGGCUCCUACCAGCGAGAUGCACGGGUUCGACUGGUUCAGGGGAUGGUGCUGUCAUCUCUUUUCCUGUGCGGUGCUGGGAUUGUGCUCGCGAGUGUGGGUGUUCGCUGUUGGACUGAUAUCCCUCUCAGGAGUGUAGCAGCUGCUGGUGGCCUGUUGGUGGUGCUAGCGGGCAUGCUCAGUCUGGCUGCGUUAGGGGUGUACACUCGCCACCUCUCAAAGCUAGGGAUCGAGGUAGACUCAACUGUAUCUGAGAUGCAGGAGCUGAACAUACACAAUCCACCUCGACUAACGCUACACCCGGCCGGGUCACUCUACUUUGGGUGGGUGGGUGCUUGGGUGCAAGUGCUGGGAGGGGCUGCACUGCUGUUUGGGUUCAAAAGUGUGCAGUGUCCAUCCUGUCCCAAACAGAACCUCAAAGACAGUGCCGAGAUGUAUGAGGUGAACUGUUAGAUCGUCAACCCCAGUGGGACAUAUCGAAGAGUUCAUCCCUUAAAGGAAAGUUCAUGUAAAGCUCAAUUAACAGCAUUUGUGGCAUAAUGUUGAUUUUUCCAAAAAAAACAAACAAACAAAAAAAAAAACAUGUCAACUAGUCCCUUGAUAAUAAAAAAGAAAAAAGAAGCAGCAAAAAUUGCGGUUACAGUAAGGCACUUACAGUGGAAAUGAAUAAGGCCAGUGCAUAAACACUAAUUCAAAAGUAUAGCUAUAAAACCUAAACUUUAUCAUGC